GCCAGCUGGAGCGUGCAGGAGAGAGGCAGAGCUGGCAUAAAACAAAAAAGUAUUUGGGCUUAAAAACACUAGGAGGAAGUAUGGAGUGCAUGAGAGAUAAAAGUUAAGUUUAGGUUCUUGUGAGUGUCCUUAAAGCAACAAGCAAUUACUCCAAGGGAAAGUGCUGAAAGGAAACAGAGAACAGUCACAAUAUGUCAGUCUGAGAAAGUUUCAUCACCAGAACUUCAGAGACGGCAGGACGGAGUAAAAUGGGGCACCCUAAUGUGCCACUUUCCAAUAAACAAGCUCGGGCUCACAGAAACAAACAAAUAUCCAGCCGGCUGCAACCCUACACUCCAAACGAUAAUUUGAACAAUGCACUGGGUGCGAUCAGAGUUCUCGGUGUGGAGCUGAUUGAAGAUGAACUCAAACCUCAUUUGAUAACAGUGCUGGCAAACAUUAAGGAGAAAAAGAAAGGCGCUGCUGAGCAGGUUGUGAUUAGUGGGAUCCUGCCAAUCCUGUCUCUGUCUCUGAGAAGCCGAGGCCCUUUGACUUUGCUGACUGCAAAACUGGUGGCUGAGCUUGCCAAGGAAUCUGUGGUUCGUAAAGGUUUUGGAGAUGCAGGCUUGGUCACAGCCCUGCUGUCAGUUCUGACCAGCACAAAUGAAGAGCUGCUUAUUAAUGCAGCAAGAGCCAUUUCACGCAUGUCUUAUGACAGCUCUAAGCAGCAGGAACUGUUACUACGUCGUGGUGUGGUGCCACGCCUUGUUGCCAUCUUGCUCCGUUUCCCUGAUAAGGAGGUCCUGGAGGAGGUGUGCCUCAUGGCUCUCUGUAAUCUCAGUGGCAUGGCAGUGGCAGAGGAGGCCGGUAUGAUCUGGGAAAGAGGAGUGCCCGUGAGGCCUGGAGAGUGCGUGUUUCAUGGCAUUUCUCCUCACACCUGUGGCUUUGCCUCUUCUGUAACGUUGGUGCGGGUCUCUCAAUGGGGACCCGGCCAGUACAUGAUCAGCAUCGAGGAUUUCCAGCGCUGCUCCUCCUCCUUCUGGAAUCUGCAUGGGAACAAACAGACUGUACACUGGUUCCCAUUCUUCAGUUUGGGCAACUGUUCAAAUAUGUUUAAGGUGAUCAAGUUCUCUACGAGGAACAUUCCUCGGACAAAGAGUCUGAAGACUCGUGUGUUCCACACUUUCCUGUGACAGCUUAAGCACAUGGUGACCUUCACCAAAUAGACUGCAAAACACUGAAACAACGCUGCUUGUGAGCUGGGAGCAGCAUCCGUCCAUCUGUCAGUCCGUCCAUCAAUCCUCCGUCCAUGUCUUUCUGUGACUGCUUAAAGGCUGUAAACAUGGUGACCUAAGCUAAAUGGACCGCAAAAGACUAAAGCAACUGCUGCUGGUGAGAUCCAUGUACCCUGGAUAAGUCUGAGUUUGGGGCAGCACGAAAACUAUGUUGACUUGUACUGUUUAAAAGAAAGUGGAGUUUCAUUAGUAAACAUGGAUGGUGAGAACAGCAUAUUAUAUUAUACUUUGCACAAGCACAUUGACAGUACCAUAUGCCACCGCCACAAGUUUGGACACCAAAAACCUGGUCUUUCAGCUAUGCUUAAGUGCUUUGCCACUAUUCUUAUAAGCUUCAAUUCAAUGUUGUUCAUUUUCUCCUGCUUUAUUGUGUAAGAUUUAAGAAUAGAAAAUGUAAGAAAAUUACUCCAGAUACCACACAGCAAGACAAAUACUACAAGCCAGCUCUACAAAAAUUGGCACCUCCGGUAAAGGUGUGUAUUAACACCCUGAAUAAAUUGUUGUUAAGGAGACUGCCAUUUUGUUACAAGUAGCUACUUUCUUGUAGUAAUUUAUUGACUUAUCAAUGUCAACACAUCAUAUUUUGAAAAGUAGCAAGAAAUGUAAAUAGUAAAUGGCCUGCACCUGUAUAGAGCUUUAUGAAGUCCGAUGACUCCAAAGCACUUUAGACUACAAUCAGUCAUCCACCUAUUUGUAUACACAUCAGUCGUAGGCUGUGUUGUAGCCACAGAUGCCCUGGGGCAGACUGACAGAAGAAGAAAUUGCGCUCAGUGUCACGACAUAGUUAAACCCCAGGGAAACAGGAAGUCCUUGAUUACUUAAUCAAAGUUCCUAAAAAACUAUAAAUGAAGAAAAUGCUUCAGUUAUUAUAUUUGACUGGAAGUACAAGUAGUGUUAGGAGUCAUUUCUCUUGAUGUGGGAUUUUUCUUCAUCUACUGAGUAAAUGCACCUAACUUAAAGAAUGGCUUUUUCUACUUUUUUUCCAAAACUUAAAUGAAUAAUAUAUAUUUUUUUUUUUAUUGAGCAGUUACAAUAAAAGUUCAUUUUAUGUUAGGGCUUUUUACACACUUUUUCCAUGGGUGCAAAUUGUUUUGGAUAACAUUAUGCUCAUGCUGCUAAUUCCUUCACAAGAGCUUAAAAUAUGCAAUAUGUCUGCUAAGUAAUUUUCUACAAUAUUAAGGGGCUUUGUUGUUGUUCAUUUGUUGUUGUUUUUUUACACCCAAAUUCAUUUAAUUUGUGAUUAUGGCCUAAAUCAGUUUCAGUAUGAACUUUUAAUGAUUUAUGAUUAUUUGGUACAAAGAGACAUCUUAAUUCAAAUUUAGAGUUUGUGUUUAUGUGAACAACUAUGAAACAAGCUUUAGCACCCUAAUUGUUUAUGUAUUUUUUUCCUUCAUAUACAUAUGUUUCAAUGUACUGACACAAAUCUGUAUUUUUCACAGAGAAAAUCAGAAAUACAUUUCAAGUCUGAGAUGAUAUGAUGGAUGAGAUUGAUGAGAUCUUGUCCUGCAUAGAUCCUCUAGCCAUUUUGUGACUUAUUGUCUUUAUAUUUUUUACUUUUCGAACUGUAACAGUGAUUUGUAAGGGUCAUUUCAAGCGUAGAACCAGGUUGAUAACCAGAAUUGACCACUAGAUGGCAUACAUGCACUGGAAAAAGACGAGACAGAAUGCCUAUUUACACCUUUACAAGUCUGAGGAUUUAUGUCAGUUGAUCUUAUGUAAUAUAUUGUCCAAUAUUUAAUUGGUCCACUUUAGGCGUUAGAAAUCUUCUUAUGAAGCAGUUCAACCUUCUUACACUAUAAAUUUCUUAAGUACAAAUUACACAUCUGAGCUUUUCAAGUCUCUCUCACUUGCCUUCAUCUAAUUACUUCUCUUAUUGGUUUCAUCUUGCCUUAGGCAUCCAAACAAAGGGGCGCGUCCUAUAAUCAAUCCUAACUUUAUUACUUUGGGAACCACUUAAAUAUUUGAUGUCAGAUAAAAUGAGAACUUGGAAUUAUUUACAGGUAGACUAGGGGUGUAUACGUUGUUUAUAUACAGCAGGUCCUGGUUGUGCCUUAUUUUAGGAAAGAGACCAGCUUCAUCAACAAAUAAUGAGGAUUUUCAUGAAUGAUGUCAAAUUCCUGUAAUUGAUGUUGUAUAGAAAAAUUAAGAUGCAUACUUUUUUUCCACAGUUCUACUCCAGGAAUGGAAAGAAAUUUUUUCCAGUAAGUUUAGUCCCCAUACAAUUAUCUGGAAUUAUAAUGGAAUAUGUUAGAAACUCAAUUACCAGCAAAUCACAUCAGAAAAGAGAGAAAACACGGUAAUACAGGACUGGUACAUUAAAUCCUGUUGCAUUAAAAAACAUCUCCAACAGGAGUAAUUUAGGUUUAUUGAAGGCUGUUGUAUCUAUAAGAUUUGUCACAUUUUGGAAGGUUGUAACUGGAAAUGUCAAUGUAUUUUAUUGAGAUUUUAUGUGACAGAUCAACACAAAGAGGUACAUAAAUGUCAAGAGGAAGAAAACGUGUGGAUGGUUUUCAAACAUUUUUACGAAUGAAAACCUAAAAAGUGUAUUCAUCUCCUCUUGCCAGUGUCUCCACUGGCAUUUAAAAUUAAAGUCAGUCAGUCAGUCAGUCAUUUUCUACCGCUUUUUCUAAAUGAAAACAGCUGUUGCAAAUUUUUAACAGGAAAAAGGUUCAAGCUUAGUAAGAUUUAAUUGAAAUUGUCUAUGAACACCAAAAAGUCUUAUCACAGAUAAUUUGAUUUUGGUCUUAUCUUUGACCUGGCCUUUAACACACAAAUAUGGUUUGAUCUAAACUAUUCCAUCAUAGCUCUGGCUAAACAGUAUAUUUGGGGUCAUUGUCCUGCUGGAAGACAGCCCAAUCUCCACCACCAUGUUUCCUCUUGGGGAUAGUGUGUUCAGAGUGAUGUGCAGUGUUGGUAUUAAACCAUACAUAGUGCUUUGUAUGUAAGCUGAAGGAUUUUAAUUUAGGACGUCAUCUGACCAGAACGCUUUCUUCCAUAUUUUCUUUGUCCCCUACAUGGGUUAUGGAAAACCUUAAACAUGACUUUUUAUGACACUCUUUUAACAAUGCCUUUCUUCCUACCGUUCAACCAUGAAGGCCAGAUUUGCAGAGAUGUCUUGCUAAAACAUUUUCCCACCUAAGAUUUGAAUCUGUGCAGCUCAUCCACCGUCUCCACGGGCUUCUUGGCUGCUUGUCUGACUAAUGUUCUCCUUGCCUGACCUGUUAGUUUAUAUGGAUGGCCAUGGCUUAGUAGGUUUGCAGUUGUGCUGUACUCUUUCUAUUUUCAGAUGAUGGAUUGAACAGUGGUCUGUGAGAUGUUCAAAGCUUGGGACAUUGUUUCAUAGCCUAUCUCUGCUUCAGACUACUUCAGUCUCUGAUGUGCAUCUUGAUCUUCAUGAUGCUGUUUGUUCACUGAUGUUCUCCAACAAACAUGUGAGGCCUUCAUAAAACAGCUGGAUUUGUUUUGGAAUUAAAUUACAAAAACAGCAACUACUUAUUCAAUAAUUAGGUGAUUUCUGAAGUCAACAAGUUGCAGGUUUUAGGAGUAUCAGAAUAAUGGGCUGAAUACUUCAUUGCACACCACACUUUUUAUUUUUUGGUGAAAGGUAAUUGUAAGCCAUGCUAUCUCUUCCUCCCACUUCAUAAUUGUGCACUACUUUGUGUUGACUUAUCACGUAAAAUACUAAUAAAACACAUUCAGGUUUUUGGUAGUAAUUUGAUAAAAUGUGAAAAACUGAAAGAGGUAAGCACCAUCUGUAUAUCUUGUUAAACACAUCAGAUUCCUUGAUGCAUGGGUUUAACAGGAUUGUUGUUGCCCCAAUCUUGGCACAAACACAUGACCUGUCAGACACUCAGAUUGUUUAAUCAGUGGCUCCAUGUCUAAUCUAAAGAGAGGAAAUGCAGGAAGCAUGCAUAUAUUACAUUUAAUAUUAAACUUAUUAAUAAUGCAUGACAGAGUUUGUAGUCUAUGCCCACAAACACGGCUGAAGAGUGUUUUAUUACUUGUCUUUGUAAAUGAAGCAUUUAAACUUUAAUCCGUUUGUUUUGAGCAACCCAGAGUUAUUGCGUUAUAAUCUCAUUUAGCCUUUAAUUACGGCUUUUAUCACUUUGAUAUUGUAGCCUUAGCUACUCUUAACCCGUAGGACAAAGAUAUCAGUUGUCUGCAUCACUGGAUCUAUUAAUAAAUACAAACAUAAAAUAUAACGGUAGUUAUAAUUACAGCAGUUGGCUAUAGUGCCACAAUUUUAUACAGAGCAUUUGCAGACAUAUAGCAAAGUAAAUAGUCACAGCACAUGUAGCAGAGGCUUAAUUUCUCAACUAAAUGAAGGCCAUCACUUAAAUAGAUCCUUGCUCAGGGCUUGUUGUUAAAUAUAAUAGUUGAUCAUCAACCCUGAUAUCUUUGUAGCAAACCUAGGCCUCACUUAUGGGCUUCUGUUACAGGUCGUUGACAUCUUAGAGGUUCAGGAUUAGAGUAAACAAAUCAAUUUGUUAGGUGCAAGUGAGAUUUCAGAUGGAUCCAACUGCUCGUGUUUUGUAACUCAUUGAGGACAGUUGUGCCCCUGAGAGCUUCUGUGUCCUAACCUUUAAGGCAAUGAUGACGUUAACAGUCAACCACAUAACUCCACUGAGCAAGCCUUUUUAUCCAACAUAUUUCACUCAUAAAACCUCCAUCCAUCCAUUUUCUACAUCCACUUCUUCCAUACCGGGUCGCCAGGGAGCUGGUGCUCCAGCAGUUUACGGGCGAGAGGCGGAGUGCACCCUGGACAGGUCACCGGUCCCUCGCAGGGCAACAUACAGAACAAACAACCAUGCACACACCCAUACACACCUAAGGGCAUUUUAGAGAGACCAAUUAACCUAACAGUCAUGUUUUUGGACUGUGGGAGGAAGCCGGAGAAUACAGAGAGAACCCACGCAUGCAAGGGGAGAACAUGAAAACUCUGCUGCAAGGCAACAGUGCCAACCACUGCGUCACUGUACAGCCCACUAAUAAAACUUGUUGCAUAUUUGAUGGUACCACACUACGCCCAGAAUACAUCAAUAUUAAAAUAUGUUAAAUAUUAAAAUCAAUAAUAGUCAAUUAUAACUUCUUCAAAAUGAAACAAGAACAGAAGGGUUUUUAACAAUUUCAGGAUUUAAAAUGAUAAAAAUAAGUAAAAAAAAAAAAACCUAUAUCAGAAACUGAGGAAUUACUUUUAAAGUUUAAUCGUCAACAAUUGCUGCUAAAAUGAAUUGCAACACAUCAUUAUUCUGGGAUAUGCUCAAUUCGAUGGGGCCAUAUUUCUUAGCAUAUCUGUGAAUUUUUUAAUUAACGUGUCCUAAGCUUGUGCUGAUGGUUGUUUGGGGUGAGAUCUUUUGAUUGGUGUGAUCAUGCUUAUAAACAGAGCACAAAACAAAGCUUGAUCACAGACAGUUUUCAAAUUACUUUUACUAGUCAACUAAUUUGUAUUAAUGUUUCUCUGCAUAUAAAUAUGCAAAUAUCUGCAGGGGAAGGUGCUAUAGUUUUUCACAGUCUAACAUGGACAUGUUCUUACCUGUUUUUCUUGUUAAUAUGAGAAGCACAUGUUGUCUUGUAAUGAAACAGGAAUGUUCGGCAUAAAAAACCAUUAUCCAAAUCCAGGUGCAUCUCAAGAAAUUGGAAUAUCAUGAGAUGAUUUAUUUCAGUUGUUUAACUCAAAACUUAAAACUCACUUAUUCAAUAAAUUCAUUACACACAAAAUUGUAAAACAAUUACAUUCUAAAGUGUUUAAUUGCAGUUACUGACACCCACCACAGCACCAACAGUCAUUGCUAAAGAAGCUAGCUGUUUCCAUAGUGCUCAAUGCAUGACCACAGUGGUGAGAGGCAAAGCAAUCAGAUUUACAAGACAUAGAGCAACGCUGGAGUUGCUGCUUCAAGAGUCACCAGACACAGAAGCAUCUGGAACAUGGGCUAAUUCUUCCAUAUUCUUCGUGUUAAAUCACACCUGAACCAGUCAUGUUAGAAAUGGGUUACCUGGGCUAAGGAGAACAAGCACUGGACUGUUGCUCAGCAGAGUCUGGAGGAAGAGUGGGAAAGCACAGAAUCCUGGAUUGGCCAUCAAACUGGCCUGACCUAAUUAGGUUUAAACCUCACAGAAAGUAAUAUUAUCAAGAUGAAGAUGAGACACAAGAUUCAUGAUGCAGACUAACGUUAGGGUUAUCUUGAUAAUUUGCAGUGAUGAUAAGAAAGAUUGUGUCUUCAACUGAAAUGUUUUCAGUAAGUUCCCCUUAUUUGGACCUGAUAAGGCCAAUAAAUUGAUUUCCUAUGCUUAUCCAAAUGUUUAUUUGCUGUGAAAAAAAUCUUAUCUAAAACAUUAAUUAACUUAUGCUACUUUCUGUUUAUAUAUUUUGAAAUUACUUUUUUACUGUUUGCUUAAAUUCCAUCGAAUUUCAUGGGUUGAACUUUGCUUUCUCUAAUCAUAUUACUGUUAACACAUGGUUAUUUUCUGUCUAUAUUUGCCUAAUAUGCUUAUAGACACUGAGUGAGACUCUGCUCUUCCUCUGAAGGUCGCCUGCCUGUUAGAACGAGCCCUGAAGCUGUAAAGCAGGAUAGAGGCAGGGUCUGUUCUCACCCAGACUUAUUGAGCAAGUCAGUUUCCCACAGUUUGUCUGUAAAUAUUUUUCACACCCCUUCUGUCUGGUGAAUAACAAACAUAUAACAACUAUGUAGGUUAGAGCAACAGAAGAACUCUGAAAGUACAACAGAUUGCUCUCCAUGGCACAAGAUUACUUUAAUAAACCUGACUGAGUCAUCGUCAUCAUAACAAUGCUUGGAGGCUUUUUUUCCACAACAAACUUUAUACUUUUUUUUACUUUAAUCUAUGAUUUUUCAGUUUGUAAUAACAAGUAUUGUUGCACACUUCCUAAUGAACCCUUCCUCUGUAAAUUGCUAUGACUGAAAAUGGUGAAUCUGUUAAGUGGAUUACUCAAAAGCCAUGAAUAAAAUGACUUUGAAGCUUGUAA